UCACAGCACACCUCUCGGACAGAGGACUUCGCCGCAUCAGUCCCAGGACAGGUGGAGGAGACAUGCACGCACAGCAGCUGUACUGUUGGGGAGACAGCUCCAGUGGACAGUUCGGUCCACAGUCGGCCCUCAGCCCGGUGUCCUGGUCCGUCCCCGGGGUCAUCACCGACAUCUGCUGCGGGGACCAGCACACUUUAUUCCGCACCAAUGAUGGAGGCGUUCUAUCCUGCGGACACAACUCAUACGGACAACUCGGCCGAAAGAGAUGUAAAGAUGGACGGACACUAGCCCGCGUGGAGGGUCUGGGUGAUGUGGUGUCAAUGGCGUGUGGUCAGAACCACAGUCUGGCUGUUUGUGCAUCUGGACAUGUGUUCUCCUGGGGGGCCGAAGAGGAUGGACAGCUCGGCCUAGCAGCACAUCUACUGUGCAAAUGUCACAAACCAAGACGGGUGCCCAUACCAAUACCAGUAGCAGUGAUUCAAGUUGCAUGUGGAAACUCCCACUCCUUGGCACUGACUAAAGGAGGAGAUGUCUACUCCUGGGGUUUGAACAGUCAUGGUCAGCUGGGCCAGGGGAAGGAGAUGUCACUGCAGUACACACCUUAUCUGGUGUGCGCUCUGACCGGCGUAGCGGUGACCCAGAUUUCAGCCGGAGCGACCCACUCUCUGUUCCUCACACUCGCGGGCCUGGUGUACUGCUGUGGGGCCAACAAAUCUGGCCAGCUGGGGGUCAACAGGGUGGAUGAGAAGGGCCGGUUCAACAUCUGUGUGGUACCCGCCCUCAGACCUCUGGGUGUCUCCUUCAUAAGCUGUGGAGAGGCUCACUCUGCUGUGUUAACAAAGGAUGGCAAGGUUUUUACUUUUGGAGAAGGACGCUACGGUCAGCUCGGUCACAGCUCCUCUGCUGAUGAACUGAAACCCAGACUGGUCGAAGGUCUGGACGGACCCGCAUCGCAGAUUUCAUGUGGCAGACGACACACUCUGGUGCUGGGCUCGUCUGGGCAGCUGUGGGCUUUCGGAAAUGGGGCCAAAGGUCAGAUUGGGACGGGACGAACAGAGGACAGUCUGACACCCACGCUGGUACCAAUUCCAUGGACAACUGACAGCGCAGCAGAAAUACCCAAAGACCUGAAGAUAUCAGCUGGAUGGAAUACAAACUUCACUUACACUUCACCACUACAGGACUUAGAUCGAGGACAGAUAACUGGGCGGCUGGAUGAGACAAAACUGCAAAGAUGGCUGACAAUGAGACACGGCAGCACCGAGGCUAAGAGAGAAAUAUCUUCGAUGUUUUUGACAAGUUCAAGUCUUGUUGCAAGUUUCACGAAGGCUAAUGGGCGUCCACCAGCAGCAGGCGCCUUGACUGUGGACCUUGAGGCAGCGAGCCGAGCUUUCGACCAGCUGCUGGCUGUACCGUGGAUCAAACAAGCAAUCAACCUUAAAGCCCUGUUUGAUAUGCUUGUGGCUUCAACACCUUCCCUCAAAUCACCAGAGAUCAUCCUGAUUCUGCUGACGUGUCCCCUCCUCCAAGAAGACUCUCAUGUCAUGAACGACGUGCUGGGGUUGGCUAUCGUUAUCACGGAUAUGAAUGAGAGAAAUCGCACAACACUAAAGGACUGGUGGUCUUCCCUGACACCCUCCAUGCUAAAGAAGCACAUCCUGGUAUUCAAAAAUGCCCUCGCCUUCAUGCUGAAAAAUGGCCUGUUGGUAACUCACAACCCGGGAGUCAGAUACCUGCUGGAAGUCCUCAAGCUGCUCUACAAAGCAAAUAAGGCUGGAAAGUCCUACAAAGUCCCACUAAGCACCUUUUAUGUUGAGGAAAUCAGUGAUAGUGUAGAGGCAGCCUUAGACGUCGGUAACUGGAAGGACUAUUCUAAAGUAGAGGAUGACGAGAACACGCCCGCCAUUUUCUGCCGCUACCCAUUCCUGUUCACUCUUGUCCGCAAAGUGGAGGUCUUUAACGUCUUCUCGUUCAUUAUGAAGACAGCACAACAUUUUGUGCACAAAUGGGCUUUAAUGUUGCCUGAAGCACUGUUGAAAGACACCGUAGGCGCUCCCCCAGCCCCGGUCUUCCAGCUAACUCUGAGACGAACUCACCUGGUCGAGGACACCUUCAGACAGCUCGCUGCAGCCGACCACUGCGCCUUCAAACGGGAGCUUUUGGUGCAGUUUGUGGACGACAGGAAGGUGAUGAAUGUCAACCAAAGGGACCUCUUCCUGCAUGUGUUUGAUGAGCUGAUAGCUCCCGAGUCUGACAUGUUCAUGUGGAACGAGAGCCAGACUCUGGCGUGGUUCCCUCCCAAGCCGAAAGUGGAGGAGAAGACGUACUUCCUGUUUGGCAUUCUGUGCGGCCUGGCUCUCUACAACCAAAACAUCAUCCACAUGCCCUUCCCGCUGGCUUUCUUCAAGAAGCUGCUCAGAGUCAAACCCUCAAUGGAGGACAUGAGGGAGUUUGAGCCUGUUGUCGCUGAGUCUUGGCGGUGCAUGCUGGAGGACUACACUCCUGAUGUAGUGGAAAGCCUGGAGUCGACAUUCACCGUGUCCUGGGGUGGUGAGAUAGUUGAGCUGGAUCCGAAGGAACCUGGAAAACCUUUGACAGGGUCGAACAGGAAAGAGUUCGUAGCCGCCUUUGUCGACUAUGCUUUCAACAAGUCGGUGGAGGGGGUGUUCAGUGAGUUCAAGAGAGGGUUCCUCAAAGUGUGUGACAUCGACGUGGUGGACUUCUUCCAGCCGGAGGAGCUGCAGGCAGUGAUGGUGGGCCAAGAAAACUACGACUGGGAGGUGUUCAAGCAGAACACAGUGUAUGAAGGAGGCUAUCAUGCUGACCAUCCGAACAUCGUGACCUUCUGGGAGGUGUUUGACAAACUGCCAGCGGAGGAAAAGAAAAAGUUCCUCUUGUUUCUCACAGGCUGCGACCGGGUGCCCUUCCUGGGUAUGGACAGCAUCAAGAUGAGAGUUGCUCCCUUGCCCGACUACACUGAUCGCCACCUGCCGGAAUCCCUCACCUGUCAUUUCCUGUUACUGCUGCCCAUCUACCAGAGAUACCCGGUGGAUAGGUUGAUGGAGACCAGACUUCUUCAGGCUAUUAAUCACAACAGAGGCUUUUGGAAGGAAGACACUGAGGGCAAGAAAAAAAAAUCCAGUUAGUUUUGGUCUGAUUAAUCUCUAUGAUUUUUUUUUUCUUCUUAAUGUAGACAUUUUAAAGGUCUGAAGUAGGCUCUAACAUGGGAUUCGUAGUAUUAUUGAUUUAUAAUGGGACUUAGUAGAUGUAGAUCAGUCAUUUUAUCUUACUUGUUGAGGCUAUUUGCACGUUUGAUGAUGUUGUUCACAACUUUCUGUUGUCAAAUCUUAGCUUGAAGAAGCAGCACAGUCACAAAGAGUCAGUUAACCAAUGGUUCCAAAUAUAUGUCAGCUUUGGCAAGGCACAGAGACAUGCACAGGUAGGAGAGAUAGGCGUGUCAUACAGGGCCAAGGUGUAUAAAAGUGUCUAGAUCAUGGAGACAACAUUAGGCCAGAACUUCCAAAGAUUUCUCCACUUCAGGUGUCAGGCCACUGCCAUUGCUUCACUUUGUCACUUUAUAUCCUGCCACUCGUAGCAUCAAGUAUUCUUUCUGUUCAUUUAUACACGCUCCAAUCAUAAGAAAAAUAUGUUUAUGACUUUUAAGAGUGAAAAGUUUGUAAUGUGUGUCUUAAUAACCUAAUAAAUAAAUGACUUUGCAUGUGA